AUGAACGAAGCAACCUUCCUCGCCAUGACCCGCACCGAAGGUUUCACAGUAUCAAUCUCAAUCGACCGCACUUCAUCUCUCCUAGCACAGAUGGUCCUCCUAAAUCGAAUCCUCUCAGAAAUCAACGAUUUCAACACCAAAGCCGCCACAACAACCCUCGGCGAAGAAUACAUCAUGACAACCAUCUCAACUCUCUCCGCAGACCUCUCCACCUGGCUCAGAAACCUACCCGCACACAUGCACGACACACCCUCCAACCUUCAAGCCUACGCAUCCCAGGGCCAAGGCCACCUCUUCGUAACCCUCUAUCUAGGCUACUACAACUACGGCCAAAUGCUGUUCUACCGCUUCCUGCACGAAGACAUCGGAGGCUACACACCACACACGCACUUCUACGCACAGCAAUGCAAAGAGCACGCCGUUCAGCUCUGCGAGAUGAUCUACCGGUCCGAGGAAGUGCCCGGGUGCGCCGUGCUGUACAAUAUGGUCGGACAUGUACUUGUUAUUGCAUCGACUGUGCAGAUCCAUACGUUGCUUUUCGGUGAUGAGGAGAGUGCUGUGAGAGCGAGGGCGAGACUCGAAAGGAAUUUUGUUAUUCUGACUAAACUGCGUGCGCUGUGGCCUACACUUGAUGUUUGUAUGGAGCGGUUACAGGCUUUUCAUCGGGCUUGUAGGAGCUCGGUUGAUACUAGUUUUUGUAUGGAUGAGUGGAUGGUGAGGUUUUUGGUUGAGUUUGCUAAUCCGGUAAGUGAUAAGGAUGGGGGUGCGGGUGUGGAGGUGCCUUGGGCUUUGGAGGAUAUUGGGAUUUGUUAG